GAAAUCCAUUCGUUCCGUUCUAACCUGUCAGACUAUACGUCAUAAUAACUUUUGAAUUUGGCGGAAUCAUCACUUCCAAUACCCAAAUGUUUGCUAAAAAAAUCAAGAAUUAAUCAAUACAACCUGUUGAACUUUUUCACUCGAGGCAAGUUUUAUUUUGUUUCGUAUAAAUAAACAUAAAGUGCCAGUUUCACGAUGAUUGCGAUUAUUUUAAAUCUUUUUCUCGUAUAUACUGCAGCCUUUCGAUUAGAGAUGAUAGUAUACGAAGGUGAAGAAAUAGAAGUCGAAUAUCCAGCUCCAGUCCGACGCAGCAGCUGCUCCUCGGAUACUUGCUACAACAAACCCGCGGUUAGUGAUGACUAUAAAUUUAUGUUCUACGAUGUCAUGCCCAAUGCUGGAUUUCACUAUCAUCAGGUGAUUUAUACCAAUAUGGCUACCAUGUUGGUCAACGCGCAUAAGCAUGGCAAAACUAAUUGGCGCUUGGUUCUGACACCGUUGAGCAAUAUACAUCAUUGGAAAAAUACUGAUAAACCUGAGCCUUGGAGCAACUUUUUUGAUAUUAAGACGCUGAAAACAUUCGCACCAGUCCUAGAAAUGCAUGAGGUGAUCGAUGCACCUGAUUCGGAGCCAUUGGAAGUGGACACUCUUUUUGUUUUACAAAACUAUCCGAGUGAACCAUGGAGUGAAUCCUCUGGCAAAAAAAAGUGGCAGAUCAUGCCGACAACGAAUUGUAUUAUAAGAUAUGACAACAUUAUUGCUAAAACAACGUACUGCGUCUCUAUAAAUGGUACCUUAGAAAUGCUAUGGAAACUCGUAGAUCUACAGCCCUCUGAUAAAAAAAUUAUGUUUAAAAAUGUACACCUUCUCAAUCAACCACAAAAACAGACCAACCCGCGCAAAUCCUGGUGGGGAAUCAUGGAGUACAAUAGCAGACUCGUGAAACGGGCACGGGACUACAUAAUUGAAAACUUUCAUUGCACAUCGGAAAAAUGUCCGUCGUAUUUGGCUAUACAUUGGAGACGAAAAGAAUUCAGUUGCAUGUUGGGAAAAACAAAUAUACUUCCAUCUGUACAUGAGACUGUUCAAGUAAUAAUAUGGGUUGUUGAGAACUGUAAGCUUGACAUAAAUAAAGUUUACAUUGCAUCUGACGCAGAGGCGAGCGAACUGGAAGCUUUAAAAGGUAAACUUGUAGCGUUUGGCUUUGAAACCUUCGAGUUUAAUCCUUCAGUUCAAGAUAUGAAAGACUUUAAAGAAGGCGGGAUAGCUAUUAUUGAUCACAUUAUUUGUACACACGCUGCUUAUUUCAUAGGCACCCAGUUGAGCAAAUUCACGGAGACCAUUCAAUUGGAUAGAGAUGUACUUGGAUUUGGUAAAGUUACGAGUUAUCAAAUGUUUUGCAGUGCUUAUUGUGUAAGUUUCAAUGAUAAGGCCCAAUGUAAUACCCACAUUGAAUUUACGGAUUACGUAUAUGAAAAUGGCAAAAUCAUUUUUACAAUACCAGACACUUACCCAACGGUGCCAUUCCUACCGAAGGUGUCAGACUGGCUGACUCGAGAACCGAGUAAAGAUGAUUUUUUGUUCUGGGCUGGAGUACUGUAGUGUACCCACUCAUAACAUAAUUAAGCAUCAUACCUAUAUUUAACUAAAACGCAACGAACGGAUUUAACCACUACUUACUUAGGUAUAAAGUUCUUGUUCUCCAACGGUGUCUAAAAA